UUUAGUACUGCAUGCGUAUAUCUUAGAUCUUAGCCCCUCUCAGCCCCACAGCACGGGACCCGCAAAAACUCCAAUUUCACUCAACUGCACCCGAGUGAGCGCACACUCACCCCACUCUCUGACACUUGUUGGGCCCGCGCUUGGCUUGAAGUUGCAGCGCGCUGAGCAUCAUAGGAACCCAAUUGGACGAUGGAUGACAUCUUUAUCUGCAACCAGCUAGAAUCGCCCUUCCUGCGUCUGCCUGGUGAGGUUCGUAACCGUAUCUACGAAUACGCGCUUGGAGGCAAAGUCAUAUCGUACAAUCAGCAUCACUCACACAGUAUCGAUGCCGACUAUUAUCGGCAGCAUGGCUACGGCACUCCUGAGCCUCACACAGUCUCGACGCUACUUCAUUUGACAGCGACGUGUCGUCAAAUACAUGCUGAGACUGACCUGCAUAUCUUCAAAUAUAACGAGUUUCUGAUCAAUACAAGCACGGUGCUCCAAUCUUUCGUUGAAGCUUUAUCGCAGAGACAACUGAGCGCGAUCAGAACCUAUAUCUGGCCGCAGAGGAGUGGUUACGUCACGGAUGAGAUGAUGGAACAGCUGGUGGGGAUGCGGAAGAUCUUAGUAGCAAUGCAAGGCGACGGCCAGAUCGCGAGCGACUUUUGGAUUCCGGGCGAGGAUGCAACCCCAAGAGUGCAUUUGUGGUACGAGAGAAAGCGUCAAGUUGCUCUCGCAAGAAUUGAUGCGUGGAGAACAAAGGGAAUCGAAAUCGAGAUCUACGAGUAAUGACGCUGGAUUUGACUGUGGGAUCUUUGCGUCCAGCUUAGGGCACCCACAACGACACUCUUCAGAUCCCUACUUGCGUCGAGUUCGGGCGCACAUCAAGCUUUAGCAUAUCAAACGGAGCACGGGACACAUAAUCUGCAAAUACCCCUUCAAGCGUUCAGCCAAAAUGCAGCUAGUUUCAAACC